AUGAUGGCGAAGGACAGCACCCUGGCGACCGCCGGCAUGAACGUCAUUGGCGGGUACGUCAUGGGCUUCGGCUUCUCCCUCUUCGGCGCCAUGAUCUCCGCGGAGACGGCGACGCAGCGGAUGGGCACCGCCGACUUCUUCCGCCACAGCCUCCGCAGCGCCAGCAGGCUCGGCGCCAGCUUCGCCUACUUUGGGUUUCUCUUCGGCGGCAUCGAGGUGGCGCUGGAGAAACGGCGCGGGCGGAAGGACGCGUGGAACCCGACGGCGUCCGGCGCGAUUCUCGGCGGGGCCUACGGCUGGCGGUACUACAAGGCCCCGGGGCUCGUCGGCGGCAUCGUCGGCGGCGCGGCCUUCUCGCUGGUGUUUGAGCGCAUGAUUGACGCGCUCGGGUUCGCGCAGCACUGA